AUGAAUUGGCUUAUUAUCUGGCCAUCAGCAGAUGGUGUUAGGGAAAACUUGCCGAUAGCUUUUAGGAAGCGCUAUUCAAAAGCAAUUUCAACAAUCGGUUGUUUUGAAAUUCAAAUCGAGAAAACUAGCAACGCUUCGCACCAAGCGGCUACAUGGUCUCAAUAUAAAAGCUACAAUACCAUUAAGUACUUAAUUUCAAUUACACCUGAUGGUUUGAUAAACUUUAUCUCUGAGGAAUAUGGAGGGAGGACCCCAGACUCAACCAUAUUUGAAGACAGCGGAUUUCUUGACAAAUUGGUACAAAAAAGUAUUGUGUUAGCUGACAGAGGUUUCAAAAAUAUUUCCCAUUUACUGGAAAAACAUGGUUGUACACUCCUGAGGCCACCUAGUGAAAGUUCCAACUCAAAACCUUCAGCAGAGGAAGUCUUGCAAACAAAGAGAUUUGCCGCUAUAAGAGUUCACGUUGAAAAAAGCAUAGGGAAGUUGAGAGACUUUAAAAUGAUCGGACUUCACGCAUGUUUUUUGGAUAAUGUUGUAACAAUAGCCUGUGGUUUAGUUAAUUUACAGAAUUGUCUAUUUAGUAAUCAAGUGUAA